UUACUUGACGACGACGAAGAAGAAGAGCGGCGCGAUUGGUCUUCGUGUCCUCGCGUGCAAGUGUACUGCUGAUUGGCGCGGAUCCUGAAGCGCGUUCCCAAACCACCCUCUUCACUGGUCUGUGCCCUGGUGACGUUAACCUAGCUAACAUUAAUUGCUCAACUCUGCUUCAUUACGUUAAGCCAAAAGGAAGAACAGCGGAGAGCCCUGCACUACAGAUGGUCUAAACUGGAGCAUGAUGAAGCACACACACAGUUGGUGCCAGGCUACUCCCUCAAUGACUGUUGGAGUCAAACCCAGCAAUUCCCACUCCCUCCAAAUCAGAAGAGGUCUACGGCUCAAAAGAGCCAACGCCCGAGACGCCCAGGGCCCACCAGAGAAGAGCCAGCCAAGCCAGCGUCGGGACGCGAUCUAUUACACCAAAAUGACCAUGCCCCCAACCAUUGUCAUCCAGCGGCAGGAAAUGGCAUCGUUCUUUAGACUUUUUGAUGAUGACCUGAUCCAUGACUUCCUGUGGAUGGACUGUUGCUGUAAAAUGACUGACAAGUACCUUCUUGCCAUGACCUUUGUGUACUUCAAAAGGGCCCGCUUCACUAUCGCUGAAUACACCAGAAAGAAUUUUUUCAUUGCACUGUAUCUUGCCAACACCAUGGAGGAGGAUGAGGAAGAGAGUAAGUAUGAGAUUUUUCCAUGGGCGCUGGGCAAGAACUGGAGGAAGCAGUUUCCCCGCUUCCUCAAGCAACGAGACAAGCUGUGGGUUCGCGUCGAGUACAGAGCUGCUGUCAGCAGGCGCUGCUGCGAAGAGGUGAUGGCCAUCGUGUCCUCUCACUUUGUGUGGCAGCGAGAGCGGUCAGAACACCACAGUGGCGCCCAGCGACAGUAUGGGUACCACACUCGUAUCCCCCGUGGGCCCUCGGCCUCCCCGGUCUCCUGUGCCCUUUGUAAACGUGGCACUGGGUUGGAUCAUGGCCAAGGCGCCUCUUCUCCCUCCAGAGGUUUUUCUGUGCAGACCCCGAACCCUGCCUUUUCACACCCAUUCACCUCUGCACUGAGUUUGGAGAUCACCCCACCCAGAGCUGCAGUCUCUCGCAGGAAGGCGGUGGAGACUAAAAGGCAGGCACAACAUUCCUUCUGCUGCUGUGCUGAGGAGGUUCCAAGGGAUGAGUCUUGCUGUGUGUCCACAUAUGACUCCUCCAUGGACUGGAUCAGUGAGGAGUAGAGCGUCACACCACCUCAGCAGACCCAGCUGUUCUGUGUAUUGCUCUCUCUCCUCUUUAAUACCACUUUUAUUCUGAAGUAAAGGUCCGAAUCACAAGUGUAACGCAGUGUGAACCUGGUACUGAUUUAACGUAACGGGUCAAAACAAAUUCAACCAUUUAGGUGGCUGUAAGAAUGAGCUAAUGUCAUUCCAUACAUCAUUUUGUGAUGGCAACAUGCAGUAAGACUGAUGUGGCACACCAAAGAGUAAUGUAAAGAUGUGUUUAACCUGCA